AUGUUCCGAAGCGCAACGAAGCUCCGCGCCGCCGAGGCCGGAGCAUUACGAUCACUCGCACAUGCGAAGGCCAGCCCCUCCUUCUGCUGUGCCCGCAGCACGCGUCCCCUCUCCACCACUCGCCAUACCCCGCUGAAGACGCAGAGCCUCUUCCAGCGCCGCCAAUUCAGCGUCACCAGCACCAUGGCCAACACGCGCACCGAAAGCGAUGCCUUUGGCGAGAUCCAGGUCCCUUCGGACAAGUACUGGGGCGCCCAGACGGAGCGCUCGCUCGAGAACUUCAAGAUCAACCAGCCCCAGGACCGCAUGCCGCCGCCCAUUGUGCGCGCCUUCGGCAUCCUCAAGGGCGCGGCUGCGACGGUCAACAUGAAGUUUGGGCUGGAUCCCAAGCUCGGCCAAGCUAUCCAGCAGGCCGCUGAGGAG